AUGUCACCGGCCGUAACGCGCGCGACAGCAGCCAGCGCGCAUCAAUCUCAACCGCUCACCAGCGACGAUCAGACUUCGGCAGCCGCAGCUAGAGAGCCAUUCGUGCCCAAGCGCAAGCCUUCAAAGCCAGCCCCGUACGCCUACCUCGUGACCGAAGCCAGCAACAGCGUAGACUCGCUUCCCAUCCGGGACUCCAGCACCAAACCCGGCGGACUGGGAGCGAACUUUGUCGUUCCGGCCCGACCCGCAUCGGCACUCGAGACCGCUUCGUACACAGCACCGUUCAGUCCGGCUCAUCAGCAACCCACUCGGACCCCGCAGGUCUCGCAUCCCGCCGCUGCUCGGACGCUUCGAUCCGCAUCCCGUAAUCUCGCUCCAAUCGAAACACACACGGCCACCGCCAGCGCACCCGUCUCGGCAGCUGCAACGCCUCGUCUCAAGGCCGAGCCCGCUUUCUCGAGAAACCCUUUCGCACUCGAGGAACCCGCAUCGAGGCCGAGAUCGCUCACACCGUCGGUCAUGGCAGGACGAUCUGCUGCGGCUCAGCCAGCUGCGCCCUCCACACCCCGAAUCAAGGCAGCCGUGUCGGCCGAUGUGGCGGCUCGCAUCCGCUCGCCACGAAAGCACGCCUCCGUCUCGGCGCUCAGAGCAACUGCGGCGUCCGAACAGCGUCAACCCAUCUCGUCGCGCUCGGCUCUGGCUCAGGCGCAGACACAGCUGACAAUAGAUGCUGAGAGCCUCGCAGAGGCCUACGCCCACUCGUCAUCCACCUGGCAGACCAGCGGCGAUACGAGCAACGACGGCGAGCACGCAGGAGACUCUUCGUUCGUCUAUGAUGCGGAUGCCGAUGCGCCUGCCGAGGCAGGUGGGCAGGAGACCGUCCAGGUACAUGUGCGACUGCGGCCGCCAAAGCGCGGCGAGGAAUGCGCGUGGGUCGCCAAUCCCUACUCGGGCACCGUCGCACUCGAAGCAUCGAUCGCAAGCGGACGCACGCAGAGCGCCAACCUCGGGCCAUUCACAUUCGACGGCAUCCAGACCGGCUCUGCCAAUCGUCCCGUAUACAUCUCGGUUGCGCGACCGCUGGUUCGUGCGGCGCUGGACGGCUACGACGCGGUAGUCUUUGCCUACGGUCAGACCGCGUCCGGCAAGACCUUCACGCUUUCGGGCGACGAACGGGGCCAGGAGGCGGGCAUCAUCCCGCGCGCGGUGCGCGACAUCUUCCGCGGCAUCCAGCAGAGCUCGGCGCGGCGCGAGUACCUGCUGCGCGCGAGCUAUCUCGAGAUCUGGAACGAGGUGGUCAAAGACCUUCUCGAACCGAGCAAUGUGCCGCAGGUGCGCGACGACAAGCGCCGUCGCGGCGGCAAGGGCACCACCGUGCAGCCGCUGCGCGAGGAGAUCGUGACGAGCCCGGCGCAGGUGCGCGAGCUGCUCGCGCGCGGCCAGGCGAACCGCCACGUGGGCGCGACCGACUGGAACGAACGCAGCUCGCGCUCGCACACGUGCUUCAAGAUGACCAUCGAGUCGUGGGAGCGCGACACGGCCUCGUCGCCCGCGCCCGGCGAGGGCGCAAGCAAGCUCGGCAAAAAGGUGACCGUGUCCGAGCUGUGUCUGAUCGACCUGGCGGGUUCGGAGAAGUACGUAUCGCAAGGCUCGGAUCGGCGCGCCGAGGGUGCGCACAUCAACAAGUCGCUCCUCACGCUCGGCAAGGUCAUUUAUGCGCUCUCAGAAAAGGGCACCACCGCCGCCGCGGCGGGCACGCACAUUCCGUACCGCGACUCGAAGCUCACGCGCAUCCUGCAGAACUCGCUCUCGGGCAAUGCGCGUGUGGCGGUGGUGUGCACCAUCAACCCGAAUCCGAGCGCGGUCGACGAGAGCCUCUCGACGCUCAACUUUGCCAAGCGCAUCAAGAAGGUCGGUCUGCACGCGCGUCGCAACGAGGUGGAUGGCAGCAUGGGCGGGCUGGGCGCCGAGGCGCAGGCGCUCAUCCUGCGCUACCAGACCGAAGCCGAUGCGCUGCGCAAGAUGGUGCAGGAGCUCGAGAGGCAGGGCGCCGCACAGGUGCAGGAGGUGGCCGCCGUCGACGACGAGCGCAUCCGCGAACUCCAGGAGCGACUCGACGUGAUUGGCUCGCUCGUCGUGCGUGGCGGGCGUGCACACGAUGGCGAGCCCAGCACCAUCGGCACCGACUCGGGCGAUGAGCAAGACGACGAGCCCGGCCAGCUGCGCACGCCGUCCGGAAGCUCGACGCUCUCGACUGCUCGCUCAGCAGGCCUGUCCACGCCGGCAACGUCGCGCAGCGCAUCGCAAUCGUCGUGCACUACUGCGGGUGCCUCCGCGUACGCGCGGCCCGUCUCGCCCGUCAAGCGCUCGUCGGCGGUAGUGGCGAGCUACGUAUUUGGUUUUGACGAUCCGCCGCACAUCCUGGCCGAGAAGCUCUUCCUGGCGAACCGCAAGAUCGAAGCUCUCUCGCGCAAGCUCGCCUCGCGGCCAUCUUUGCCGUCGUCGUCCGAGGCGCAGGUGGAGCUAGUGGCUCGGCAGCAGCAGCAGAUUCGGGAGCUGGAGGCCGUGUGCGAAGCGCAGGCGCAGGAUGCCCCGCCCAAGAUCCGCGAAGAUGUGGAGCGCGAGUUCGCCGCGCGUCUGGCCGAGCUCGAGCGCAAGCUCGAGGAGAAGGACAGUUUCAUCGCCGAGAUUCAGGCCGAGAGCGAUCGGCUGCGCAGGGCGAAUGCGCAGCUGAUGGAGCUGGCGCACCAGCAGACGCGCGACAUGGUCGAGAACCUCGCCAGCCCCCAGCGCAAGCCAUCGCCCCUCAAGACGGCCGAUACCAAUGCACGUCGCCGUCCACUCGACAGCCCGACCAAAUCGCGACCGAGACCCAUGAGCCUGUUCAAUCCCACGUCGAGCGAGCUUGCGGGUGCGUUCGCCGUCGACACCGAGACGAAAAAGUCGACGCCGCCCGCAGCACACAACCGCCGCUCCAUCAGCAACGACUACACACUGCUCAAGCUCGGCACCCAGCAUAUCGAGCACGAGAUCGACCAGCGCUCCGCCACCAUCCCGGCCUCCGAGACUUUUGCUGCGCUUCCCGGCCAAUCGCUCGCCGCACUGGUCAAGGCGUCCGUGGGGCCUACCAUCGAGGAGUGA